AUGCCGUAUACCAAGGGUAUCUAUUCUCUCCCACUCGAGCUUCGUUCUCACAUAGUGGAAUACCUCAUCGAUGAUCGCGGCUCACUCGUCGCUUUGACCCUUACUUGCCAUGGGUGGCGUGGCCUCAGCCAGGCUCGCCUCUUUCGCAGGAUAUCGUUGGCCGGCGAGCAUAGGUUCUAUGAACUUUUGUGGCUUUUGGACGCCCGUCCUGAAGCUGGGCCAUGGAUACAUGAGCUGCGCGUCAGCACCCUGGGAGGCCAAUUGCAAAAUGAUUGGAUCUACACGGUUCCUGUUCUUCUACCCACUCGUCUCACGGCCUUGCGCACCCUCACGCUCAGGGGUGUGCGAGAUUUCGCGCGGUAUGACGGGGAUAAAUUCUUUCCGUACCUGCACCCCCGGUUUCCUUCUGUCAGAACGCUGAACGUGAUGCACUGCACUCUCCCGCUCCGCGGAUUCGUCGAAUACGUCUCUUUGUUCAAAAAUUUGGACAAUCUCUUGAUUGAACAGUUUGAAUUAUCCGCCGAACCGGCUAAACUCGUGCGCCAAGUUGGCCCAUGGGAUGGGGUUGUGAUACCUCCUAGCUCAUGUCUGGCCCGGCUUCGUUCAUUUGUGUUGGAUCAUGCGUUUGUAUUGGAUCGCCCAUUUGCAUUGGGUCGCAGUCCGACACAUGCUUGUCCUACACUCAACUUCGUCCGCUGGAUUGGCCAUGCGUCUUCGCUGCGAACAUUGAGCCUCAGCAUCACGAAGGACAGUGAUCUUCCGAACGUUGGCCGAUUAAUAAGUGCCUUGGGGCCCUCUCUAGAACGUUUAGGCUUGGGCUUCUACGGGAAGGAAGGGGGUUUAGGUUCAAACUUCACUGACCACAUCGAUCUUUCUUCGUGCACAUCUUUGCGCGCAUUUGCACUCGAGCAGGGUGAUCUGUCCCUUAUUCCGUUCCUCUUACAGCUCACCUCGCCUCACCUUCGCAACGUCACAUUGGUGGACGGCUUGAGGCAGCUCGAAGGUAUUCGUCUCCCUUUACACGACAUCGUUCAUAAGAAGCCUGUCUUCUCUGGUGUCGAGAUCUUGCUCGUGUUCGUCGUGUCACAACCGUCGUGCAGGGGUCCGGUCAGCCAGAUGUCCACAGAGGGGUGGAAGCAAAAACUCUACGACUGGGAUGAACAACGGUUUGUGCAGGCCGUAUACUGUCGUGGCACGAUCUCAGCCCGCGCCCUUACUGACCCCGAUGUGCACUGGCGUCCCGGACGGCACAUACGCCCCCGCCCCAAGCUCAUCUACAAGGUGCCCGUUCUCCUCCAGGCAGCCGCACACCACCGAGUCGCGCCUCGAGAUGGGGCAAGGGUGGAAAACGGGGAGAGCGGUGAUGGCGUCGUUCGCAAGAAGCCCGUCGUACCCGUCCACCUCCACCCUGUCAUCGUCCUUGAUCACGCCUCUUAA